CCGGACGCUCGCCUGACGGCAACUCGACCCAGAAUCCACAAUGGCCACGAUGAGCGCGAACGCGUUUGCGAUGUUCUUGACGCACCACGAGGCGCAGCUCCGCGGCGCUGCGAUCCCCGAGCACCUCUGGCCGUCGCUCUUCCAGAAGCUCAGCAACGAAAUCUUUGACGCUGGCAACUACUUUCAGCUCGCGGCCGACGAAGACGGCGACUUGCACGCGGUGGCGUUGCAGGACAUUGCCGCGGCGGACGCCGAUGCCGUCUUCCUCAUCGACCAUGCGUGGACGUACACGACGGACAACGACCAGGCGCGCGUGGCGCUCAUGACGGCGCCGUCGCUCUUGCCGCGCAUGGAGGCGCUCAUGCAGCUGCCGGUGGACGAGUCGGCGACGACCCACGACCGCGCGACGGCCGUGCUCCGGGCCAUGUGGCGCUACGCCAACUCGUACCGCCUCGGGCACCUCCGCCCCGAAGAGGCCGCGACAAUCUGGUACAUCAUGGACGAGUUUGGGUCUGCGAUCGAGCACGCGGACGCGCCCACCUUUCGCAUGGCGCCCUUCUACUACGCGCCGGCGCAGUGCGCGUUCUCGAUCCUGUGGCCGAUCGAAGAUGUCGAGGCCGGCGACUUUGCGUCCCUUGCGUACGCGACGGCGGCGACCGACGACGUCCGCAUCGCGCUUCUCGCCGGCAUCUUCUUCCCCAGCGGCGAAGAGUACGUGGCGCAACUCCCGGCCAUCUGCGCGGCGCGCCAGCUUCGCCAGACAAGCAUCUACGACGCCCAGGCGACGCGCGACGACGAGGUCGUGAGCGCGUCGGCGAGCGUCCGGACGCCGGCGUCGUCGUGGGCGCUGCCGAUCAAGGUGUGCACGGACCUCAAGCUCAUGAAGGAGUUUCUGGACGACCCGAACUUUGUGUUUGUCGACAACGAAGUCGACGCCAACGUCGUGUGGCCGACGCGCCACAUCAAGGACUACGUCUCGCUCGAGGCCAACGAGAACGUCAAGGUCUUCAACCAGUUCCCGAACGAGAAGGUCCUCACGUGCAAGGACCUCCUCUACGAGACGUGCAAGCGCGCGUGCAACAACCAGCAGCCGCCGUUCAUGGCGCUGACGUACAACAUGGAGUCGGAACUCCCCGAGCUCAUGCAAGAGUACGUCCGGCGCGACGCUGCUGGCGAAGACAAUGUGUGGAUCUGCAAGCCGUGGAACCUCGCGCGGUCGCUCGAUACGACGAUUGCGACGUCGUCGGCCAACCUCGCCAAGCUGGCGCAGACAGGCCCCAAGGUUGCGUGCAAGUACAUUACGCAGCCGCUUUUGAUCAAGGAGCGCAAGUUCGACUUCCGCUUCCUCGUCAUGGUCGUCAACACGCAGCCGCUCGAGCUGUACGUGAGCGGCGUCUACUGGCUGCGUAUCGCCAACAAGCCAUUCACGAUGGACAACUUUGACGACUUCCAAAAGCACUUCACCGUCAUGAACUACACCGACUACGGCGUCGAGAUCAUGCACAACCAAGAAUUCGAAGACCAGUUUGCGCGCGAGUACCCGAGCCAGGACUGGGCGAUCGUCAAGGCCGACAUCUUUAACGCCAUCAAGGCGCUCUUCGCGGCGGCCACGUCGCACCCCGCGCCCCAGGGGCUGGGCCACUCCAACAAAUCGCGUGCGCUGUACGGAGUCGACGUGAUGCUCGAGUGGCACGACGAAGUCAUUCACCCGGUCGUCCUCGAGUGCAACUUCCAUCCCGACUGCACGCGCGCGUCGCGCUACUUUCCCAAGUUUUUCAACGACUUGCUCAACGUCCUCGUCCUUAACAAGCCCGAAGCGACUGUGUACGGCGCGACCAAGUUGUAAAUUCUAAUUCAGAUUUGGAUUCGGUUUCAGUGGAUCAGCCA